AUGGGAGGAACUACUUGCAGAGCUGUGACUCCAUGUGCACUAACUGGGGCUGGUGGGGAAUUUCUGCUGCAUCCCUAAGCUGUUCCUGAGACCUCUGAAAAUGUCUCUCUUUUGUUUCAGAGCCAUCAUCAAUCACUUCAACCCGAAGAUAGAGUCUUACGCCGCAGUGAAUCACAUAUCGCAGCUCUCUGAGGAUCAGGUUCUGGAAGUGGUGCGGUCCAACUAUGACACGCUGACCUUGAAGCUGCAGGACGGGCUGGACCAGUACGAGCGCUACUCGGAGCAGCAUAAAGAGGCUGCCUUCUUCAAAGAGCUGGUGCGGUCCAUCAGCAUCAACGUGAGGAAGAACCUCGCUUUCAACACCCUGAGCCAGGAGCUGCUGCUGAAGGAGUUCUCUACAAUCUCUUGAAGCUGGGCCACAGCCUCUGCGCAGGGCUGAGCAGAGACGGGGCCUGCCGGGGCAGGGACACCACAGAGCUGCAGCCUUCCCCUGCAGGAGGGACUGUGUUUCUUGCAGGGGAGAGCCUUGCUGUUGUGUGUUUGAUCUGACAGGCAUGUGUUUGAGCAGGGAUGAUUGGCACAUUGAGGAGGAAGCUGUUUUGUGAGGUGUCAUGGGGGUUGGCAGCCGUUCCUGUGACUUAGCAGUGGGAGAUUCCCUCUGCAGCCCCAGAGAAGAUGCACUGGAAACCUUUGCAGCAGAGCUGGGAAAAGCUCACAGCCAAAACAAUAAAACUGGUCCAGCUGUGUGAGACAGUUCUGCACCGAGAUCUCACAUCUGCUCUGUGGGGGAAGCUGUGAUCCCAGGGGAGGGCUGUUCUUUUCUGUCAGCCCAGAUCAGCCUGCCCUCCUGCCGAUGCAGGAACGGCUUUGGGGUAUAAAACCUUUCCCCAAGGAGCAUGCCCUGCUCACUGCUGGCUUCUCCUGUCAGAAGGUGUCACUGGAACCGCGGCCUCGGAUUACUGGAGAAGAAGAAACUGUGUCACCAAGGCCGUGUGCUUACAGGGUUCUGUCUGAGCCACUAUGCAAAACUAUGGGGCAUCAAACAGAGCACUUGGAACUGAAGACCAACUCUGCCUGGGGUCACUGUCGCUUCUGGUAGCCCAGCUCAUCUCUGCUAUUCCCAAGGCUGAGGGACAUUUUUAGAUGCUCCUUUUUCAUGGGACAAAUGACAAGCUGAGUCCCUCCCCACCACUCCCCUUACUGCCCACCAGAGACUGCAUUGCGACAAUCCUCCUCUUCCUCACAGGAUCAUCUGCCUUGCACCUGUUUGCAAGUGCCUGGUGACCUUCCUGAAGUAAGAAGUCCCUUUGUGUGUAGCACACAAUUAAAACACAGGUGGAGAAAUAGUUCACUUCACUUUCUCACUUGCUCUCCCCUCUUCACCAAGCGACUUGCAGCGCUGUAGCCUACUGAGAGCUUCUGUGGGGUAAUUCUCUCAAAUUAAUUGGGGGUUAGUUUCAACCCAUCACAGCUUCCUAAGGAGGAGCUCCAGGAGGAUGUUCUGGGGCACAAGGAGACCUAUCUGUUCCAGGAGCAGUGUUUCAAAGGUGCCCAGGUCAGAGGUGCUGCGUCAGGCUGCCCACUCAGGAAUAUGCACCAUAAAGACCCCUUCCCUCUUCGUGCAUUUUCAGCUCCCAGCAUUGAUGCUAACAUCUGGCCUGACUUGGUGGACUGAAGCAGAGAAGUUAUUUACAUCCCAGAUCCACUU